UCGUCAUUCCCCGAGGAACCGGAGGAACCCGGAAGCGAAAGUUUUCCGCUGGACUUUAGCGCGCUCACAUUCACCGAAGAAUGACCACAUUCCUGCCUUUUACUGUUUUUUUUGUUUUGAUCGGCUCGUUUGCAUCCUCCGCCACAUUUUCCCAAGCUGGCUCUGUCAUCAGGACACGACGGGAAGCUGUCUGCGGAGAUGAGGAGUACUUAAUCAACAACAUCUGUUGUUUAAACUGCCCAGCUGGUACCCAUGUAAAGUCCCACUGUACCACAGCACAUGGAAAGGGGCAGUGUGAGCAGUGCGACCAUACAACGUUUACCGAACAUGCCAGCAACUUCGAAAAAUGUAUCCCAUGUGCACAGUGUCGCUCAGAUCAGGAAAUCGUGAGGCCUUGCAGUCCUACUCAGAACACUGAAUGUCGGUGUAAAGAAGGAAGAUUUUGUGCUCCUGAAGAAGCAUGUGAGGUGUGCAAGAAGUGUUCAAGGUGUGAAGAAGAUGACAAAGUUGUCAGGAACUGUACUGCUACCUCCAACACUGAGUGCAAGAAGACCCCCCCGCAGUCAGACCCUCCCUCAAAACAUGUUCUCUAUGUCAGUCUGGUUAUAUUCUUCAUUGGUUCAGCAGUGGUGAUUGGGGGAGUUUGCAUGUACCUGUAUAAGAAGAGUCCCAGAUCAGCAGACACACAGGAAAACCUGGAGAAGGAUCAGCAAAAUGUGCAGCCCACCAGCAGCCAUCCAACCCAAAGUGUGAGAUGUCCCAGUCUGCACUUCUUCCAGUCAGCGGUGAGAAGUCCACAGCCAGCCGUUGUGGUGGAUGAGUGUCAACGCUUGUGUGAAAGCAUCUCCAGCUCUGCCAGUAACUCUCAGCAAAAUCUAACCAUGGUGCACCAAGCAGAGGAGCCAUUUCCUAAAGUGACGCCUGUAAAUGGCGUCCAGUCUCUACGGAAGUGUUUCCCGUAUUUCGAGGACGUCGACUGCGAUUACCACAAUAAAUUCUUCCGCCAACUUUGCAUGGACGACAACGUGAUCAAAAGCACGAUCAAUCGCACGUAUGAUGACCGGAUUCAUGAUUUGCUGAACAUCUGGUUGGAGCGAGAGGGGAAAGAAGCCUGCUUGAACGAGCUCCUGAGCGCACUACUGGAGUGUGGCCAGAAGCAAACAGCUGAGAUGAUCAAGAAGAAAGCCUUGGAAGAAGGUCAUUACAUUUUAGAGAAUAAAUAAAGCUCUAAUUAUAGGAAGUUUUUAGUCGGUUUGACGGGUUUUACUUUAAUUCCGGAGAAUCCUGAUCAAAAGACUGCAUGCAUGCAUUACAUGCACUGCAAAAACUGAAAUCUAAGUAAGAUUGAAUAUCUCAAAUAAGGGUGAUAUUUGCUUAUUUUCUGUCUGAUAAGAUAAUUCUUCUCACUAAGCAGAUUUUAUGUUAAUGUUUUACUUGUUUUAAGUGUUUUGGUCCUAAAUGACCUCAGUAAGAUAUUACAGCUUGUUGCUGAGAUUUGAUGACCUAUAUUAAGUAAAACAUGCUUGAAACUAGAAUAUCAACUGAUGCAAAGCUGUGUCAUUAACAUGCAAGUAUAAAACUUACUUUUUUAAAGUGAUAAUUUCUUACUUCAAGCAUGAAAAAAAAAGAUGCCGAGCGCAUAUCAUUAUGUCAAGAUAAUGGCACUAGCAUUUACUUCAUUUAAGAAUAUUUUUCAACAUAUUGAGCAAAAAGAUCUCUUUUUUUCUUCUACCAAGAAAAGUGCACUUGUUAUUAGUGCAAAUAUAUAUAUUUUUUAAGGUAUUAUUGCUUUUUGCAGUGUGAGCAGUAUAUUUAUCUUGUACAGCAGUGGUCGCUAAAAUCAUUUGUUUAUUUUUUGAAAUAACUACAGUGGACAUUUACAGUGUAUCUAUUUUGGAAAUGGAAUUAUUUUAAUUUAUUAUUACUAAUGUAUUGUUGUACUAAUAUUACUAAAGUUGAGUGCUGCUGAUGAAGUGCAAGACCUCACAGUUGUAAUAAUUGUAACAGCACAGUUGUAAUAGUACGUCAUAGUUAUUACAGCACAAAGAGCAACACAUUGAACCAAAGUGCACUUCUGAGCUCCGACUUGAGUGCAAAUGUUUGCUGUUGAAAUCAUGACACUGCAGUUUUACAUGAAAUGAAUAUGCAUUACUUUGAUAAUUACUUUUAAUAGCUGUGAUUGCUUUUCUAACAAUUGUUUUUUUCAAACGUGUCUUUAUUUCAACCUCAGGAAUUAUUAUUUAUUGUAAGAUGAGCAAAGGGACAUUUCACUUGGUCAGGAAUGUGAUGUUGAUCAUAAUUAAUGCUGGUUUACUCUGCACAAUGACCUAGUGUUUGAACAAACUUGAGUCAAAACGUACUUCAUGAAGUUUUUCGGGGUUUCCUACAUAUUGCCUUUCCGUUACAGCUUUAAUAAUUGCAGAUAUGAAUGAAAUGCACUUUGAAUGUUUUUGCUUGAGUCAGUUACUCCACCCUCGCUAAAUAUGCAUUCCUAACUACUCAAAUAGUCCAAAUGGACUCAUCAGGUGUUUGUUCAGCAUUAGAUUGGAAUACUGCUGUAUAUUGAGUAUUUUCUAUUUCAAAGUUCAACAGAUAUAUAAAGUAUUUAUU